GGUCCAAUAUAAUCCCGAAUAUUCCUGGCUCGUUUGGAGGACUUCUGCUUUCAAGCAGCAGGGGUGGUUUUUAGCGUUGUAAGGAAUUGGCGAAUCGAAUAAUCGCAAUUUCUCUUGGUCCAACCGUUUACACGGCUAGUUCUGACAAACAACAUAACAUUCGACUUAUAUAAACGUAUCUAUUGUUUUAUAUUUUAUUGAAAUUACUAAAUAGCACGACAUAUUGGUGUUAGACUCCCGGUAUACCGAGAGAUAGCUAUCAUGCAUGAUCUGGCUAAUAACCAAUAGCUGUCUAGUAUCUCAUACUCCACAUUGACAAUCCUUUCUUUUUUCUUUCUUUUUUUAGCUUUAAGAUAUGUCUGUGUUUUAGUUUAAGCAAUGAUUUCUCUCCGCUGGGGUUUCUCUCCGCUGGAUUUAUAUUACUUUCUUGACUAUCACUCACUUCCAUAGUCAGACGCCCAUAACCCAUGGAUUCAGAUACACGAGAUGACGAGGCGGCUCGCGAUGGUCAAACGGAAUCCUCACCGUUAUUAUCCGAUUCGCAGCCAUUGAAAUCUGCUACCAGGGAUAGCUGGGGGUCCGAAUUAUGGCUUCUCGCGCAGUACUCUAUUCCACUCAUAGCAACUUACCUUCUCCAAUAUUCAUACAGUGUUAUCACGACCUUUGUUGCGGGCCAUAUUAAUGCAGACGCCCUCGCUGCUGCAAGCCUUGGUAUGACCACGAUGAACAUCGUUGGGUUCGCUACGAUUGAGGGCAUGGCUACUGCUCUGGAUACACUGUGCGCCCAAGCAUAUGGCUCUGGCAAUCUUUUAAAUGUUGGGCUGCACGUCCAGCGGAUGUGGUUCCUCAUGAUCUUGACCGUCAUACCCAUUGGUGCUUUCUGGGUGCUUUCUCCGUGGGUGCUGUCCAUCUUUGUGCGACAGCAUCAUCUGACGGUCAUGGCUGGGACGUUUAUGCGGGUUAGCUUGGUCGGCCUGCCUGGAUAUGCGUCGUUUGAAGCGGGCAAGCGAUUCCUCCAAGCUCAAGGGGAUUUUAGAGGCGCUAUGAUUGCCAUUCUUAUAUGCACACCCAUCAAUGCAUUCCUGAGCUGGCUCUUCGCCUUUAAACUUGGGAUGGGCCUCAACGGUGCUGCAUUGGGAGCUGCUCUUACUAAUAACCUUCGUCCUGUCCUACUUCUUGCUUAUAUACUUUUACCGACCGGGAAGUGGUCACACCAGUGCUGGGGUGGCUUCUCACGGGAUGCUUUCUCUAAAUGGGGACCUAUGGUGCGGCUCUCCGUCGCAGGUACUGCGGUCAACUUGGGAGAAUGGGCCGCUUCUGAGCUUUUGACUUUCAGCACGUCCUACCUCAGUACAAAUCAUUUGGCAGCACAGUCUGUUUUGAUGACCAUCUCGGUCGUAUCCUGGCAUAUCCCUUUUUCUAUAGCGGUCGCGAUAAGUACGCGUAUUGGUCAUCUCAUUGGAGCUGGUCAUGUUGCGAGAGCUCGGCGCGCUGCUGUGUUGUACGCUGUAGUAUAUACGCUCGUAGGUAGUGCCGACGGCUUGAUUAUUUUCUCUCUGCGAAACCACCUUUCGGCAUUCUUUUCAGACGACCAUAUUGUCUGCGAUCUCGUCUCCAAAACCAUGCUUGCCGUUGGCGUGUUCCAGAUUAUGGAUGCCGUCAUCUGCUGCACGAAUGGCAUACUUCGUGGGCUCGGCCGCCAAUCUGUCGCCGCUUGGGUGGUAUUAAUAGUAAACUAUAUAGCCACUGUCCCCGUGACGAUAUGGCUAGAGUUAGGAUCUCCAAGGUUGGAGUUGAAUGGUGUCUGGGUCGGGCUUGGUGGCGGUAUGGUGUUGAUCGCAAUUAUCGAGGGGCUCUAUAUGAAGGCCUUGAGAUGGCAGGAUUGCGUAGCUAGCGUAAAGCUAAGAGAGGGUAUGUAGUUGAAGAUUUGCACCGGUUGGGUUUAACCCCUUUUUAACUGUACUGCUUCAACAUAGGGGCUAAGUUAUGAACCCCCCCCUCCAUUUGCGUAUAACAAGUCUUUAUCAUAAAGGGGCAUCUAAAUGCCAUAUUAUUGUAUCAAACGUUAAAAAAAUGAUAUUAUAUAUCGGUGUCACGGACUUGUGAUAGCUGCAAUACAACUCUGGAUAAAUCCUUUCGGAGAUGGUCGAAUCCGGCGUCCUUUGAUACGGAGGCGGCAAAACACGGCAUCUAUGGUGUUAAG